UUGAUGGAAACUUUAGAUAGACUGCAUCCUUCCGAACUUGAAUUCUUGGCUGAAGAUUCCCUUAUAACGGUGGUUCCCAAGUUAAACCAAGAGCAGUUGUUUCUUAUCGUGGGAGACUUUGGUCCUUUCUCAGCUGGUCUGCCUUGUGAUGUACCUCUUUGGCUUGCGGUUCAUCUAUCGAAAAAGAGACUAUGUGAAAUACGUCCCCCUGCGUGGCUCAAUUCUGAAAAAUUGGCCGAAUGGAAGCAACUGGAGGUGGACUCACCUGAUAUUUUUCAACCAAUGCUUUGUUCAAACUACAUGGAAGUGUCUCAUUUAUUAUUAACUCAUGCUCUAGAUAGCAUUCCUCACGCUGACCAAGUGCGAACUUUAAUAAAAGAUAUUUGGGACAUCCGAACCUCCAAACUAAGAAGCAGUAUAGAUAAGUUUAUUAAGGACAAGGAAACGUUUGCCGGUUUGAACAACUUGUCUGUGAUGGAAAUCAACUUUAUUAGACCUCUACUUGUAAACACGUUGGAUAACAUGAAUGCUAUACGCUUUGCUGAGCAGGCUGAAUAAUUU